AUGUCAGUCACGGGGAGCAACUAUUCGGUGGCGCUAAAAAUUUUGACUGAUCGGUACCAGAACUUGAACAUCCUGGUACGCAGUCACAUUGAUGCAUUGUUCAAGGUGGAAAAAGUGCGGAAGGAGUGUCCUCGUGAAUUGACAAGUUUGGUCGGUGACUUCGAAAACAACUUGGGAAUUCUGGAGAAGCUGGGCGAGAACACCAAAGGCUGGAGUUCACUACUGGUGUUCAUGGUGUCAGCGCGACUGGAUCACAACACGCUUCGCGAGUGGCAGCGAGCUGCGGAUAAGAAACGAAUGCCAACCUACGAUGAGCUGAUCACUUUCAUCCGCGAGUACGUGAUGGAGUUGGAAACAUUGCAGUCCGAUCGACCAGCGUGUGACUCCAUACCUGUUCCCCUGAUCGUGAAUGCCGGGACCACCGUCCAACCCAAAGACAACUGUGCGGCGUGCGGGAUGGGACAUCGUCUGUAUUUCUGCGACCAGUUCAAACAAAUGCCAGUUACUCAACGUGCUGCGAUCGUGAACGAAGCUGGAUUGUGCGUCAACUGCCUGUUUGGAAAACAUUCGUUCGUUACUUGCAAGUACGGAGCCUGCCGAAUAUGCGGAACCAAGCACCACUCACUAUUGCACGUCCCGGAUUUGGAUACAGCUCGUGAAUCCAGCAUAAACCAAUUGGAGAACCAGUCAUUAGUUUCGAAUUCCGCUGGUGACGAUCGUACGCUUCCUGUUUCUGCUCCUCUCAGCCUCUCCGCCCAUACGCACUCGGGGAUCAAACGUCUCGACCUCUCCCCUUCGAAUCAGGUAUUUCUCGCCACUGCUGUCGUCAAAGUUUUUGGUCCAAAGGGUACAUCGUUCCUCGCUCGGGUUCUGCUUGAUAGCGCUUCACAGCCGAAUCUAAUGACCGAAAGAUUUCGUCGUCUUCUUAAUUCGCGGAAGACUCCUGAUAACACGGAGAUUGCUGGCAUAGGAGGAAAAAAUUCUGCAGUUUCACUAUUUUCGACUGUCGCUACGGUUGCCUCACGAUUGAACAACUUCCGAGUUCCGCUGCAGUUUAUUGUUUUGGAUAAGGUUACCAGCGAUCUUCCAACAAGAACCGCUGAUACAAGCGAUUGGGUCAUUCCGGAGAACGUUCGUCUUGCUGAUCCAUCGUUUGCUACGCGGGGUCCCAUCGAUAUGGUGAUCGGUGCACGUGUUUUCUUCGAGCUCUUGCGAAGCGGUCAUUCCAAACUUGGUGAAGGAAAACCGAUGCUCCAGAAUUCCGUGUUUGGUUGGCUAGUAUCCGGUAUUCACGACUGCGGUUCCAAUGAGAGUGAAGUUCGAGUUCAUUGCAACCUUUCAACAUUUCACGAUCCCAGUACGAGUGUUAACAAAAAGGUCCAGACUUAUUCUACAUUAUCAGGAGAGGAGCGCCUCUGUUACGAUUAUUUCGAGUCACGAACAAGCAGAAAUUAUUCCAGUCUGCCCAAUAAACUGGAACUCAUCGGUCAACUGUCCCAGCCUUCGAUUCCUCGUCUCGUUUUCGGGGAAAAUGGAUUUGCUGAUUCGUCGCUACGUGCCUUCGAUGCAUGCAUUCAUCUUCGCUCGAUUUCGUUAUUGGGUGCAGUCAAGACCCGCCUGUUGAGUGCCAGUUUUCGUUUGGCAAAUUCUUUCGCCACCAAUCAGGAUUCGCAAAUUCGGCAGCUUAAUGAAUUCGUUACGUGGCUGCAUGUACCUACAGAAAAUGAUCCGGCUGGCCACAUUUCGCGUGGUUUGACUACAGAAUCGAUCGUUGGCAAUGGACUGUUGUGUAAUGGUCCGAAAUGGCUGCUUCGAAUUCCUCAACCUUGGCUAGCAUCUGGGUGUACCUCGAAAUCCCUGCCAUCUCCAGAAGUAUACACCGAGAAGAGGAAAUCCGUUUUUGAUUCAGCAGUCUGCAUUCACCCGGAAUCCUGGAUACGAGAAACAUUUGGCAACCUCGAUAAUUCUUCUGUUCUUCGAAUUCUCUUCCGCAAACUGUUCAUCAACGCUACGAGACCAUACGACCGAAAGAAUCCGUGCCUCAUUCAGAACUUCGUGGUGAAUCCCAUCAACCUCGACGCUCACGAAGAAUUGCUUUGCGCUGGAUAUUCGCAUCUGUUGGCUGCAGUUCGUCGCUACUGUUUGAUAAAUGGUCCCAACAAAACUCGAAAUACAGUCCACAUACACAUCGUCAAACAUCACCUACAAGUGGCUCUUGUUGUCCUUCAGACACAAGACAAAAUUACCCUUAAAUAA